AUAAAAAGGCCGGGUUAAAGGUGAUUAGGCACAGUUCACUUCAGCUUGGUGAUCAGACAACAGUAGUCCAGCCAAGAUCAACUCAUAAACUAGCUGCGGAACCAUGGCUCAAAAGUUUGUCGUUGCCUUUGUCCUGCUGGCCAUUGUGGCUAUACGGGCAGCUCCUUUCCAUGGCCACGAGCAUCAUGGCCACCAUGGUGGAGCCAGCAGUCAUGCCUCCGUGCACCUGACAUCCCACGAUGAUCACCACGAGGAACACCACGGUCACGGGGGUCACCAUGACCACCAUGGUCACGAUGACCACCACGACUCGCAUGCCGAAUACGACUUCACCUACGGGGUCAAGGAUCACAAGACCGGGGAUGUGAAGACGCAGAGCGAGUCACGACAUGGCCACAAGGUUACCGGACACUAUGAGUUGAUCGACGCCGAUGGUCACAAGCGAACUGUCCACUACACGGCGGAUAAGCACAAGGGAUUCGAGGCCCAGGUCCACCGCGAGAAGAUCCACGGUCACCACCAGGUGGAGCACCAUGCGCACGGACACAGCGGCUACGAGGGCGGACACGUCGAGUUCGAGGAGCACUCCUCGCACUCCGGCCACGACUACGGCCACGGACACGAAGGACAUGGCUAUGGCCAUGGCCAUGGUCACGGCCACGGCAGCAGCUCCCACAGCUACUCGCUGAAGCAGGAUCACGGUCACGGACACAGCCAUGGCCAGGAUCACGGCUCCGAGCACGGUCACGGCCAUUACUGAGUUGCCCUCGUAGAAAUCGAAUUGUUAAUAAUCUCUCAUUGAACUCUUACCAAAUACCCAAUGUUGUUAUACCCAAAUAAAUCAGGCAAAUAUUUUCAAAAGUGAAA